UUAUUUAGAGUUUAAACGAAGAAAAUGAAGCUUUUUAUUCUCGCAUGUUUAAUUUCAAUUUUAACUGCAGAAAAAGAAAUCAAAAGCAAAAAGGAAAAUUGUAGUAAUGAAUGGGUAUUAUUACAAAAAAACACGUGUUUUGAAGCUAAGGGUGACAAUCCUGCAAUUAUUCCAGUUAAGAUCAAAGGUUGGUUAUCCGAAAUUAAACUUGUUCAUGUAAGUGGGGUUUUAAAAUGCUGGCAGCAUUCAUCAGGGAGUAAAUUUGGUUGCUACGAUGGUGGUAAUGAUUUAUAUGUCUUCAUUACUGAUAACAAAAGAAAAGUGAUUUUCCCAUCUACUAACCAACCACUUACUUAUGGACCAAGAGAUUAUAAACUUCCUGGUGUUACUGCUAAUGAUAAUGAAGUGAUAUUCUCAAAACUCGAAUAUCCAGUACCAUAUCGAAGGGAAGAACAGUAUAUUAAAGUUUGGAAUGGGGAAGAUCUUUUUGGUUUUACCGAACAUGAUAAUUCGGGAAAAGUUUGCGUUGACGCAUAUGGAAUGUUUUUGUAACUGUUUAGUUGUUAAAAGCAAAAACAAUUUUUCGUA